CCUUGGUUGCAAUGGGCUUGUAAAGGGGGGUCUGCUCCUGAGAAGCUGGGAGCCAAAGGCAGAAGGCGCGUCGCCCCUGGAGCGCUGCUGCAGCCAUCAUGGGGGUGGAAGUGGAGACCAUCACCCCAGGAGACGGUCGGACAUUUCCAAAGAAAGGCCAGAGUUGUGUGGUCCAUUACACAGGGAUGCUACAAAACGGAAAGAAGUUUGAUUCCUCCAGAGAUCGAAACAAGCCCUUCAGGUUCAAGAUUGGCAGACAAGAAGUCAUUAAAGGAUUUGAGGAGGGAGCUGCGCAGAUGAGCCUUGGACAAAGAGCAAAGCUAACCUGUACCCCUGACGUGGCGUAUGGACCCACAGGCCACCCUGGAGUCAUCCCACCCAACGCUACUCUCAUUUUUGAUGUGGAGCUGCUUCGGAUAGAGUAAAAUGGUGUGACUAAUGGAUGGCAUCUGCUCGCAAUCACCCAUUUGUUCCCCCCUUUCCUUUUAAUGGGAGGAAUCACAUUCAAAUUUUGACCAUCUUCAUUCAGACUGUCAUGCCAAGCAGUGCCACUCCCUGAAGUUGUAUCCCCACUCUCUCUCCCACCCCCUUUUUUUACUGUGGUUAUUGGUGUAUUUGUCCCUGUUAAGAUGCUUCUUUGCUGUGAGAUGGGGGAAAUGGCUGUAACAUUUUUGAGUUGUACAUUUAUUUUUGAUUUGCACGUGAAGCUUCAAAAUUGUGAUUAAAACUAUAUAUACAUAUAUAAAUAUAUAUAUUUAAGAAACCUAUAUAUAGAUAUGACUUGUUCAAAACCACUGCCUUACUAUACACUUAAAAAAAUAAAACACACCAGGGUGCUCAGACGUCAAGUGUACGUUUUGUACACAUUGGGGGCAUUAGCCAAACCAAGUUACCUGCGCUGCCACUUUUUUCCUCAACUUGUAUGUUCUGCUUGCUGCUGUUUUAAAGAAAAUGUCUCAUAUGGAAACUUUUCAAGAAGGAAAAUAAAAUAUUGAUACUUA